GAGAAGCUUGAAGUCUAAAAAAAAAAAGAGGAGGGAGAGAGAGAGAGAGAAAGAAGGAUACUAUGAGUAUAAUCCAAUCGGACCUUCGAUCGGCGCUGCAUCUGGCGGCUACCUUCUGUUAUCUGCACCCAAUUCCGCAGCGGACGAGGUCAGAUAACCGUAUCGCGACGUCCGGACCCGCCGCACGUGAGGAGUCGCCGGGCCUGAGGUUGAGGUCGAGCUUGCGUAGGAAAGUGAGCGUGAGGGCCUUUUCCUCCCCCUUCUCCUCCUCCGUCGUGGGUGAUGCAAUGACUGUCGAAAAGAACACCAACCCAAAGCCUUCGGUUUGUACGGCCGAUGAGCUUCACUACGUACCUGUUGCCAACGGCGAUUGGAGGCUUGCUCUUUGGCGCUACAACCCUCCUCCCAAUGCCCCCCGGAGGAAUCAUCCGCUGUUGCUUUUGUCCGGGGUGGGGACCAAUGCCAUUGGAUUUGACCUCUCCUCUGGGUCUUCGUUUGCACGAUACAUGUCAAGUCAAGGAUAUGAUACAUGGAUUCUUGAAGUUCGAGGUGCUGGAUUGAGCACGAGGGCUGAAGAGUCCAAAGCAGUUGAGCAGUCUUCCAGUAAUAGUGCCAUAACUGAGCAGAUAGAAUGUGCUUCCAGGGGCCUGACAAAUGGUGUUUUUUCUACAGAGCAGCAGUCAAUUGUUAGUACCAGUGCUUUUCCAGAAUCUGAAACCUCAGCUGUCAAGGGAAGCAGGACAGAUACGUUGACACCUUGGGAUGAAUCACAAGUGGUGACAGAGGUGACAGAAACAUUGAUGCGUUUGUCAGAGCGACUCUCUGGCUUUCUCAGCGAAGGUCAAUCUAAGAUUAUUUCUGCUAAAUUAUUUGAUCAAAUAUCAAAACUUUUGGAAGAUUAUCAAUUAUCUGAACGCUUUAGUGAGGUCAGGGGAAAACUUUCAGGUUUGUUAGAAGCAAGGCAGAACUCUACUAUUGCUGGCCAAAUCAGGGAUUUGAGUCAAAGGCUUGUAAAUAUUAUUGAAGAAGGACAACGAUCUGUUUCACCACAAUUGUUUGACUUGCGCAAGCGUUUCACUACAACCAUAGAGGAUUUCCAGAAACAACUUGAUUUGAUCGUGAAGUAUGAUUGGGACUUUGAUAACUAUCUGGAGGAUGAUAUUCCUGCUGUGAUGGAAUAUAUAAGGAGUCAAGGAAAGCCAAAGGAUGGUAAGUUGCUUGCAAUUGGACACUCUAUGGGGGGUAUCUUGCUGUACGCAAUGCUGUCACGAUGUGGUUUCGAAGGUAGAGACUCUGGAUUGGCUGCAGUUGUUACAUUGGCAUCAUCACUCGACUACACUACUUCAAAUUCGUUACUUAAGUUGCUGUUACCCCUUGCGGACCCUGCACAAGCUCUUAGUGUUCCUGUUGUUCCCUUGGGGGCAUUAUUAGCCGCUGCUUACCCACUUUCAUGCCACCCUCCUUAUGUCUUGUCUUGGCUUAAUCCUCUGAUUUCAGCGCAGGACAUGAUGCAUCCUGAGCUAUUUGAAAAGCUUGUGUUGAACAACUUUUGUACAAUACCUGCUAAGCUUUUAUUGCAGCUAACGACAGCCUUCCGAGAAGGUGGAUUACGUGACAGGAGUGGUACUUUUCUCUACAAGGAUCAUCUACACAAAAGCAAUGUCCCUGUAUUGGCACUUGCUGGAGAUCAGGACUUAAUAUGCCCACCAGAAGCUGUGUAUGAAACUGUCAAAAUAAUUCCGCAGCACUUGGUUACGUAUAAAAUCUUUGGAGAACCUGGUGGUGCUCACUAUGCGCACUAUGAUUUGGUUGGAGGGCGCCUGGCCUCGGAUCACAUCUAUCCUUGUAUAAUUAAGUUCCUCAAUCGCCAUGAUGUGACAUGAAUUUUCCUGAGCAAAAGUCAUUACUCUUCCAGUUAACCGUGUAUAACUCGCCACCUCCUUGCAAUGCUCUCAUAUUUUUGGUAUGUAAAGGAGCGUUGGGAUAUGUACAUUAUGAGAAAAGCAAAAGUAAACAUGAUACAAGGAGGAUUUACUGACUCAAAUUUGGUCUCAAAUUGAUGUUGUAUCAAUAAAUUGUAUAAUU